AAGAAACAGACAAAAUGGCUGUGGGACGGAGCUAGCUGCUCGGCUAAUGUAAACAUCUUCAACAGCAGACUGGAGCUGGAGAGAACAAAACCUCACCACAUUGCUUUGUGACACUGCGGAUGAGCGUUCAUUUCCAACUUUGGUGAACUAUGAUGAGCCAGCGGCGUGGGAUCCAUCUGGACCAAUCAGAGCUGCUCUGCAAAAAAGGAUGUGGUUUUUAUGGCAACACUGGCUGGCAGGGCCUGUGCUCGAAGUGCUGGCGAGAGGAAAAUCAGCGAGAAAAGCAAAAACAGAUUCAGGAAGACUGGGCACUUGCUGAGAGGCUGCAGAGAGAGGAAGAGGAAGCUUACGCAAGCAGACAGCAGAAGACCCAAUCACAGCCUUCCAUUACACCCUUCAGCAAGUUUGAGGAGAGAAAAACUAAAGAAAAGUCCAGCAAAGUCAACACGGUCACUAAGUUUUUUAGCCCUUCCACAAAAACACCACCAAAAAAAGAUGUUGCUUUUGACGCUCACUCCAGCCCGAGCCCCAGCUCCUCCACCAGCCGCCAUUCCUCCGUGGACAGCGACCACGCAACGCGAGACUUCAUUGAUUUUCUCAAACCGCUGAAGUCUGGCAGGGAGAUCUUCAAACAGUGCCGGGCCUUCACUGAGAGCAUGGUCUACAAACGGGACAUGGGAGCUGAUGAGCUGUCAGAGUGUGUGCAGGAUUUCUACCAGAACCUCUCAGAUCGCCUUCACACCCAGUCCAAAGGUUCGUCAGAUCAUGUAGAGAGCGUUAUGGAUGAAGUAGAGAAAUACAUGAUGACUCGUCUGUAUAAAGAAGUCUUCUGUCCUGAGACCACAGAUGACGAGAAGAAAGACCUGGCCAUUCAGAAGAGAAUUAGAUCCUUGCACUGGGUCACCAUAGAGAUGCUGUGUGUUCCUGUAGACGAGGAGAUCGCUGCCGUGUCGGACAGUGUAGUCAAAGCCAUCACAGAUGUGAUUGAAAUGGAUUCAAAGUGCGUGCCCAAGGAGAAGCUGGCGUGCAUCACGCGCUGCAGCAAGCACAUCUUCAACGCCAUCAAUAUCAGCAAGAAAGAGGCUGCGUCUGCCGAUGACUUCCUCCCCACGCUCAUCUACAUCGUGCUGAAAGCAAACCCUCCGAGGCUGCAGUCCAACAUCCAGUAUAUCACCCGCUUCAGCAACCCCAGCAGACUGAUGACUGGAGAGGACGGCUACUACUUCACUAAUCUGUGCUGCGCUGUGGCCUUCAUAGAGAAGCUGGACGGUCAGUCCCUGAACCUCAGCGCUGAGGAGUUUGAUCUCUACAUGUCGGGCCAGGCGUCGCCUCACUGGCCACCGUCCAGCGGAGCUUCUUCCUGCUCGCCAGGCGGCGCCGCUCUCACUCAGGUCCACCAGCGGCUGGACCUGCUGACGGGGCUCGGCCAGAGGCAGGACCGGGUCAUGGAGAAGGCCCGCAAGAUGGAGAGCGACCUCAUCGACUGGACGGACGAAGUGGAGCAGAAGGUGCACAGUGUUCUGGAGAGCUUCUCCCCAGAGACACAAACCCCCCCUGCUACCACCGCUGGUGGAACAGCCUCCGCAGCAUCAUCAGCUAUCGACUCUGAUAACGUUGAGAACGAACACCUGCCCCCUCCGCUGCAGCCGCAGGUGUUUGCUGGUUGAUGUGAAGAAAAAAUAAAUCCUCUCGAGGCUUUACUCCUCCUCCCCCCUCCCCCUGCUCCCUGCUGGUAAACUUUGCUGUCCGCAUGCACAUACAGCAGCAUUCUGACAUGGAUCAUCUCCACUCCAGCCCCAUCUGUUCCAUCCACCCAUCGCCCAAGAGGCCCUGAAAUUACACUACACAAUUACAAAAGUGACUAUUAAAUUAAAGGAACAGUUUGGCAUUUAGCAAAGCAGACUUACUGUAUUUGCUUUCUUGCAAGAGUUAGAAUAGAAGAUCAAUAACCACCAGGGUUCAUACAAAGUGUUUGAAGUACGGAAAAUGCUUCAAUUAAAUCGUUUUCAAGGUUCGGAAAAUGCUUGAAUUUAAAGAGUGCUUGAUUUUCAACAUAAUAUGAUGUUGCAUCGACACAAUCACUCAUGUUAACCAACAAUCUGAGUGUUUGAAAUGAAGCGAUCCCGUUGUCUCACACCAAACGAGCUGAGCUGCUCAUAACGAGAUAAUUCCCCCUUACUCUGGAAAUUUACAAGCAUUAAAUACUCUUGAUUGAAACAUACAGUCAAAGUUAAUAAAAACAGUUUGUAAAAUAAACAAAAUGUCAAUAUUGCUGUAGAUAUAAAUUAAUUCUGUAAAGUUUUUUUUAGCAAUUGCAUUCAUAGGAACAAUUUAGAUGUGAUGUUAAAGCCUUCAAGAGUUUAGACAUCUUGAAUUUUACUCUUAAAGCUGUAUGAACCAUGAACUCAUGUCUGUAAAUAUGAAACUAAGACAAAAAGGUUAGAAAGAGAUGGGGGGGAGCUAGCCUGGCUCAGUCCAAAGGUAACAAAAAUCUACUAACCAGCAUCUCUAAAGCUCACUAUUAAGACAUUAUAAACAUAUUGUUUGUUUAAUUUUCAAUAGACAAAUUAUUUUUUCACCCGUGGACAGUGUCAGACUCACUUUCAGCUUUUGUGUGAAGCUUCAGCCUCUUACCAGACCAGCUCUGGUUCCUCUUUAACAGACAAGCAUCAGAGUGUUAUCACUCUUCUUAUCUCACUCAAGGCAAGAAAGCAAAUUUCCCAAAAUGUCCCAGAGAAAGUCUGUACACUCCAAGCAUUCAGUCCUGGCUGCAAAGGAUUCGAUGCAGCAUCUGACGUGCUACAAAUGGCAUUUGACCCACUCGUGUCCCUUCGGUGUUCCCAGGCCAUUUGGGAAGUGUUAUCCCAGAUCAGAUGCUUCCUCCAGGUGAGAGGAAACCUUCCACAGAGGGACAUCCAGGAGGCGUCCCAAUACGCUGCCCAGACCUCCUCAACUGGCUCCUUUUAAUGCAAAGGAGCAGACCGACUCCACUCCGAGCUCUUCCCAGUCAACCUGUUGGUCACCCAUGACGGCAUCUUCAGUACCUCAGUAGUUCUUCAUCCUUGUUAUUGUCGUUACAUUUUGUGCAGACAGGAUGAGAUUCUUUUAACAUGAUUCUGACAUUUUUCGCAGCUUUUCAGACAAAAUGUUUGUGUUAUUCUGUUGUGAUGUUUCCAGAUGUAAAUUGACAAGUGGGAGUACAAAUGGAAAACAUUACAGCCCAAGAAGUAACAUCAAACAGUUUUUUAAGUGAAAUAUGUUUCUGAGAAAGGGAAUGGAGAAAUCUGGAAACUUAACUUCCCCUCACUAAAAAAAGCUCAUGCUCGUGAUCUGUGCUGUUGACUGUGUGUUUCCCUAUCCUGCAGAGAAAUAUCUGGCAAGAAAGAGAUGUGUGUGGGUGUGUGUGUGUGUGGUGGUUGUGCAUGGGGCAAAGUGUGUAUGUGUGUGAAAGCGAGCGUGCGUUGCAUGGACAUGUUCCUUUAAUGUCAGUAAAUCAUAAAGUUAUGCGUAUUGUGGUCUUGUUUUCAUGGCAGACCUCACCCUCCAGUCACAGCUGGAUGUACAGAAGUGAUUUUAUUUUUCUAUAGAGUGGCAGCAGGUAUCAAUUCUUUUUGGAUGCAAUAGGAGACAUUAAUCCUGUAAUAUUUACAGUAGUACUCUUGUGAAAGAACAUUGCUUGAAGACAUGUUACACAAAUUCUAAUGAUUGAAUAGUACAAUUUUCUUCUAGUCGAUUUUUUCUCAAGAGCAUGUCCCAUUUAAAAAAAAAAAAAAAAUCUGUUUUAGGUGCUUUAUUUUGGGGUUAUUUUGUCGGAGCUGUUGGGUUAAAUAGUUAAGAAGAAGAUGAUGCUGUUUCCUAUAAACGCAAGUCAUAAAAGACGCUUUUCAGGCUGGUUUAAUGUAACCAAUUUAACUUAUUUUGAAGCACUUUUUUUUCAUUUGCUUUUUAAAACUUAAUUCAGAAGUAACUUUAAUGAAGGAAGUAGUGGCUAUGUUGAGUUGAAAGGAUAAUUGGUGGAAACAGUGUUGUUAAACCUGUCUGUGUGUGUGGCAGUGGUGUGCUGUAGUGGGAGAAAUGUUUGUUUUCCUCUGAUCGUGAGCUAAGGUUCAUAUGUUGCUAGAUUUGAAUCUUUUUUUAUUAUUAUUUGCAGCACGUAUAGUCAGUGUGCAGCUGCUGACCAAUUUUAUUUUGAGAAAUGACUUUUAAUGCAAACUUAAACUAUAGCUUGAAUAACAUCAUAUUGCACUGUAUGCAGAAGCCAUUUAUCAGGUAUUUUAAGAAGUUUAAAGCAUCAUCUUUGUAACCUUAUAGGUUUGUUAUUGUAUCACAUGGGAGAAAGUAACUCAAUACUGUCUUUUAUUUAAAUGUAACUUAUUGGGGCAGUAUUGGUUUAUUUGCCUCUUUGGGUGUGUGAAGAUGAUUAAUAAAAACGGAAAAUGCA